AAAGAACAUUUUAAACUUCAUUUCAUAAAGCAGAGGUGUGAGCUAAAGGAGGUAGAUUUGACCUUCCGUGCUUCUUCACAUUGCUUCCACUGUGUCUGUAGCCAUCUGUAAAAGGAGCGACUCAAGCUCAUAAUACAGAAGCUACGAUGACUCUCGAGUACCGUGCAACCACAGAGGCACAAACAGACAGCGGUGACAGUAAAAUUGCCUACGAGAAGCUUUUUGGGGACAGCAGCCAAUCCCGCUUUUCAGUUUAUGCGUUGAGAAAUAACCCUUUCAAGGUUGCUGCAGUUUGCCUUGGGUUGCUCGCUGUCCUCCUGCUGGCUGGGGUCAUAGGUCAAAGUGUGCACCAUCAAAAUGUAGCACAACAUCGUCAGAACAAUUUAAAAGUCUUAAGUCAGUGGAAAGAGGACCUGCAACAGAACCUGAACGCAGCGCAGAAACAGAAGAAAGAUCUGGAAGCCAACUACGCUCAGUUACAGCAAAAUUCCGACAACUUAUUGCAAAAGAGAGACCAACUGCAGAGCAGUAACUACCAACUGACUCAGGAAACAAACACACUGAAACUUAGUCAAAGCCAGUUACAGGCCAGCAACGAUGCUUUAAAUAAAGAGUUAGAACAGGUAAAAGCCUCUAAAGACCAGCUCCAGGCAAACACCAGCGCCUUGAGUACAGCCAACAACCAGUUAAGAAAACAGUAUGAUUCAGUUCUCAGACACAAAAACGAAUUACAGACCGCUCACGACUCAACCACCAGGGAGAGGAACAACUUACAGAACAAGUUCAAUAACGUAACCAGAGCCAAAGAGCAGCUGCAGUUAAGUUACAAUGACUUUGCUGGGAAAGUAGGACAUUUACAGGACAGAUAUAACGUCUCUGUCAGCGAGAAAGACAAGCUAGCAAGCAGUCACCAAAACCUGACGACAAUAAAGGACACCCUGCAGGCCUCUUAUGACUUAAUUAAAAAGGCUGAAAGUGAUUUGAAGGUUUCUUACGCGUCACUGCUUCAGGAAAAAAACGAGCUUGAAAGCAACUUGAAGAAUGUAACCAUGGAAAGAGACCGGCUGAAGGUGAUAAACAACAAUCUGACUGCUGAGAGAGACGAGGUGCUGGACAAAGUUAACAAAUUGAACACAGCCAUUCGAGAGAAGAAGUGCCCCACCGGCUGGAUGAAGUUCCAGGACAGCUGCUACUAUGUUUCUGUGAGCAAGAAAAGCUGGGAAGCGGCCAGAUCAUUCUGUAAAGGCAAAAACGCAGACCUGACAGUCACAAAGACCCGAGAUGAACUGGACUUUGUCAAUGGCUUGUUUCACAGUGACAAGGAAAUCUGGAUUGGACUGACUGAUAAAGGAACAGAAGACGUGUGGAAAUGGGUCGAUGGCACCGAGCUGACCACACCGUUCUGGGGUAGCGGCCAACCAAACAGCUAUGACGGGAGGAACCAGGACUGUGCGGAGAUCUGGCGCCGUGGAGGAAAGAAAGCAGAGUGGAACGAUGAGGGCUGUGACUAUGAACGAUACUGGGUCUGUCAGAUGUAGUUUUCCUGCACUAGAGUAUUGGUUAGCGACCACUCAGCAGCACGUUUUUUGACCGGUUUGCAUACAGUGCCAACCGCUGAAGCCUGAAAUGGACUGUAUUUUUUAUAUUUUAGAUUUAUCGGACAGCUGAUGAAGCAGGUUGAUGUAGGUUAUUUUGAGCAAACCACCUUGUUAAUGUGGGGCUACGACUGGCCUAGGUGGAUCUGAGUGUUCCUUUAAUAUCUAUACAUACUGUUGCAUCUAUUCUGUCAGCAAAAUAACUAAUUUCGACAUUUGUUGUCCCCUGAGUUAAACCGUAACAGCCCACUAGAGGGAGACACACCCCACAGUUUUCCAGUGGUUUAAGACUAAACAUCAAUACUUAAAGUUCUUCAUUGCCUUCUUGUUGUAUUAACAUAAACAACUUGAUUAAAUCUAUGCAGAAACUGG